CUGUCUAGCCGUGUGCGCGUGCACCGUGGUGUGUGUGCCUUGCGAUUUCGGAUAACGGACGGAAAAUUUGGACGAGGAAAAGCCGGAUUCGUUCUUUUCAGUGAAAAUUGAAAAACUUCCGGACAUUUCGCUUUGCCACCUUAUCCGUCAACGGGAACCGUGUUCGUGCUCGCGUUGGUGUGUGUGUGUGUGUGUGCAAACGAUUUCCAUCGCCGUAACCCGUGCACCGGACUCGAAAGAGUUCAGGAAGAAGAGUGACUUUCAACUGAAACGUGCGAGCCCAGUCGACGACGAUCCAGGAAGCAGGAACCUGGUUGUGAAAUAUGGCUCUGGAGACGGAAAGUGUAAAAUCGCCGGAAGCCGCUGCCGAAACGGUGUCCUCGCCCGUUUCGGAUGGGAUUGUAGUCGGCGAUUCUGGCGGAAAAAAGAAAGGUUUUGCUAAAAACAAAAAACAGAAUGUCAAAUCAAAAACACCUCCGGUGGGAGGAGAGAACAAGGAAACGAUCGGUAACGGCCACGUGGAACAGAAUGGGCUGAAUGGACAUCUUAGCUCGGAAGAGUCGGAACCGGCGACGGCUACGGUCAACGAUGGAAGUGCAGAUGAGAAAACCGAUGCUGGUGUUGCCGGUGGCGGAGGAGCGUCGGAAACAACGGGCGACGAUGAUGUGAUGAAGCUCAUGCAGGAGACCGGUUUCACGGUGCAGGUGCUUUCGCCGGGUGUAGAACCAUUGUCGAUACAGGUGUCGAGCAUGGAGCUGGCGCAGGAGAUACACCAACUGUUGAUGGACCGCGAAGAUACCUGCCACCGGACGUGCUUUUCGCUGCAGCUCGACGGUCGCACGUUGGAUAAUUUUGCCGAGCUUAAAAACAUCGAAGGACUACAGGAAGGAUCGGUGAUUCGAGUGGUCGAAGAGCCGUACACAAUGCGCGAGGCGCGCAUCCACGUCCGUCACGUGCGCGAUCUGCUGAAAUCGCUCGACCCGGCCGAUGCUUACAACGGUGUCGACUGCAGUUCGCUUACCUUCCUGCACACGAUUACGAUGGGCGAUAUUAUGGAGAAGAAAAAGACACGCCAAGAGAGUGUGGACUGCACCCCGCCCGACUUUAUCAUGCCCGGUGCGAAGGAACGUCCGCUGCUCCCGCUGCAACCGGGAUCGGGCAAAAAGGGCAAUCCACAACCGCUGAAGGUGCUGACGACGUCGGCGUGGAAUCCACCUCCCGGGCCCCGUAAGCUGCACGGUGACUUGAUGUACCUGUACGUGGUGACGAUGGAGGACAAGCGGCUGCACAUUUCGGCCUGUUCGCGUGGAUUCUACGUCAACCAGUCGACGGACGACACAUUCAAUCCGCAACCGGCCAACCCGAGCUACCUCUCACACUCGUUGAUAGAUCUGUUGUCGCAGAUAUCGGCCACCUUCCGACGAUGCUUCACGCAGAUGCAAAAGAAACGCACCCAGCGGCAUCCGUUCGAGCGCGUGGCAACGCCGUACCAGGUGUACACGUGGACGGCUCCCGCCUUGGAGCACACGAUCGAUGCUAUCCGCGCGGAAGACACGUUCUCGUCGAAGCUGGGCUACGAAGAGCAUAUCCCAGGGCAGACGCGCGACUGGAACGAAGAGCUCCAGACGACACGGGAACUGCCGAGGGCAACGCUACCCGAGCGAUUGCUUCGCGAGCGGGCCAUUUUCAAAGUGCACAGCGAUUUCGUUACGGCAGCAACGCGUGGCGCCAUGGCCGUCAUCGAUGGCAACGUAAUGCCGAUCAACCCGGGCGAGGACGCAAAGACGCAGAUGUUCAUUUGGAAUAACAUAUUCUUCUCGCUUGGGUUUGAUGUGCGGGAUCACUACAAGGAGCUGGGUGGAGAUGCGGCUGCCUUCGUCGCACCACGGAACGAUCUGCACGGUGUCCGUGUGUACAGUGCGGUGGAUGUCGAAGGUCUCUACACGCUCGGUACGGUAGUGAUCGAUUACCGUGGCUAUCGCGUUACGGCACAGUCCAUUAUUCCGGGCAUUCUGGAGCGCGAUCAGGACCAAUCGGUCGUGUACGGAUCGAUCGAUUUCGGGAAGACAGUUCUUUCGCACCCGAAGUAUCUGGAGCUGUUGAAUGCUGCCGGCAAGCAUCUGAGAAUUCAGCCACACAGCGUGUACAAUGACAAGCAGGAAGCGAUCGAGCUGUGCUCGUCGGUGGAAUGUAAGGGCAUCAUCGGUAACGAUGGACGGCACUACAUUCUCGAUUUGCUCCGUACGUUCCCACCGGACGUGAACUUCCUUGUGCUGCCGGCCGAGGAGGAAGCAGUUGGCAGCGAUAGUCAAGCGAUGGGCUUCCCGAUCGAACACCGACACAAGCUCUGCUGUCUCCGGCAGGAGUUGCUGGAAGCGUUCGUAGAGAAUCGCUAUCUUAUGUUCAUGAAGCUGGCCGCCGUACAGCUGCAGCAGUGUGUUAAAAAGAAGCAGGUACAAAAGGCAGGUGGUGCGGCACUCAAGACGUCGUCUUCCGAUGAAACAAAAUCGGCAGCAAUUGAAGGAGCGGGCGAGAACGAAAAACCGGAAUCCAACGAUUCGAAGGACAACGCAGCAAAGGAGGUGAAGGAAACGGGCAAGGAAGCGGCAGCGUCGGCGACGACGACGCCAGCUUCGCGUCCAAUACCAAAAGCGGACACAGAAGAUGCGAAGAAGCUGGUGGAAUCGUUAAUUUCAAGCGACCAGAUGAACGAAAGCAAGGAAGUGGUGAAGCGCGUGUGCGAGGCAGUUGGCUCGCUGAAGGAGUACGAAUUUGACAUUCGCUUCAAUCCGGACGUUUAUUCGCCCGGCAUCCGGCACGUGGACGAUGACCCGAAUGCGGCCUGUUCGUUGCGCCGACAGAAGCAGCUGGUGAAGGAUGCGGCCGUGUUUUUGGUGAAGCACCAGAUUCCGAGCUUCGUGCACGAAUGUCUCGACCAUUCGUCGGCACCGAUGGAUGGCGUUACGCUAACCGAGCUGCUGCACAAUCGUGGCAUUAACGUGCGCUACCUCGGCAAGGUGGUGGAUCAGCUGGCCAAGAUAAAGCAGCUCGAGUACCUGCACACGAUCGCCGUGUCGGAGCUGAUUGUACGUGCUGCGAAGCAUAUUUUCACUGCGUACCUGCAGCAAACGGACGUUAUGAGCAUGGCGGCCGCAAUCAGCCAUUUCCUGAACUGCUUCCUAACGGUGUCGACCGGUGGUUACCAGCCCGUCUCGAACGGUAACGGUGGUGAUGUCGAUGGGCAGCUGGCCGAUGAGUUCGGCCCGAAAUCGUCCUUCUCGGGUGGUGGUAAGAAGCAAAGCAAACAGAGCAAACGUGGUGGAAAAGGCAGUGGCGGUGGAAAUGGUGGUGGUGGUGGUGGUGGCAGUCGGAAAACGACAUUUUCGUCACCUUCGGCCGAUAAUAGUGAAUGGCAGUCGCUGACGUCAAAGUCACUGUGGUCACAGAUUCGACAAGAGCUGAAAGCCUACUGGGAUUUCGAGUUGACCGUUGAGCCUUCGAAGGAGGGCAAAACGGCCACUCAAAUUGACUCUAUUGAACCGCUGAUUGGCGCGUUCAAAUUACAGAAGAUUAGUGUGCUGCGUGCUUUCUGCCUGAAGACGGGCGUGCAGAUUAUGUUGCAGGAGUACGCCUUCGAUCAGCGCAAUCGACCAACGUUUACCGAUGCCGACAUUGUGAACGUGUUCCCGGUGGUGAAGCACAUCAAUCCACGUGCCUCAGAUGCGUACAACUUCUACACGACUGGCCAGACAAAGAUUCAGCAGGGUUACCUGCAGGACGGAUACGGACUGAUUAGCGAGGCACUCAACCUGCUGAACAAUGUGUACGGUGCGAUGCAUCCCGAGAAUGCUCAGUGCUUGCGCAUGCUGGCCCGGUUGAGCUACAUCAUGGGUGAUCCACAGGAAGCGCUUGCCAUCCAGCAGCGUGCUGUACUGAUGAGCGAGCGUGUGAAUGGAGUUGAUCAUCCGUAUACUAUUUCGGAAUAUGCCCAUCUUGCAUUGUACUGCUUUGCAAACAGUCAAAUCAGCACCGCACUGAAGCUGCUGUACCGUGCCCGGUAUCUGGCCACAAUCGUGUGUGGUGAAAACCAUCCUGAUAUUGCUCUCAUGGAUAGCAACAUCAGUCUGAUCCUGCAUGCCGUCGGAGAGUACGAACUAUCGCUUCGCUUUUUGGAGCACGCACUGGCACUGAACAUUCGGUACUAUGGCGAAAAGUCUCUUAAGGUGGCCGUCAGCUACCACCUAGUGGCGCGAACGCAAAGCUGCAUGGGUGAUUUCCGAUCGGCACUGAUCAACGAGAAGGAAACGUACGCCAUUUACAAGCAACAGCUCGGCGAAACCCACGAAAAGACUCAAGAAUCUUCCGAAUGUCUACGCCACCUGACGCAGCAAGCGGUUGUGCUGCAGAAGAAGAUGAACUUUGCCAACGGAAAACUACUGAGCACUGGCUUACCGCCGAUCCACAUUCAGCCACCGUCGAUGGGCUCGGUGCUGGACAUGCUAAACGCAAUCAAUGGUAUCAUUUUUGUACAAAUUAGCUCCAAAGAAAUUGCCAACUUCAAGAAUGAAAUUGAAAAGCGCCAAAAGGAGGCCGGCCAAAGCCAACCGCAGCAGUCGGCGCCGGUGCAGGCCAACCAGGAGGAGGUCGAUCGUAUGCUUAUGGAAACGAUGCAAAAAACGGCCGCCGGUAUUCCGUUCGAGGAGCAGGAUGGUGAAAAGCAGGAAAGCGCGACAGCGCCCGAGGAGUCUACCAAGUCGGUUGAUGUGGCCUCGAGUUGAAGCCAUCAGGAGGGUGCGUUAACGCUCGCUGCCACUACACAUGCGGUUUGCGUUGAAUCCUAAGCGAUCGUAAGCAUUAACCCUUGGGUUUUGGGUUGGAUUGUCAGAUAUCACUGCGAUAUGUGCUUAAUGCACAGGGCCGUAAUACCCGCGCGGGAUGAUCUGUAAGGAAUGGACCGUUUUUCCCCCCAACAACAGUGGAUGGUUGUCAGUACACCAACGGAGAAGAAUUAGUGGAGUAGAGUAGUUUCGAGAUUUGAAUACUUUUACUGAUGUUUUUUCUUUUGCGGCCAGGAACACGCGUUUGAUUGAACGUGUGUGUAUCAGAUACUGUGCCUUUUUAAUGGUAAUACUACUACAUCGAAUAGGAACACAAGCAGCCACAAACCCUUUCCAUCUCUUCAUUCUCUCGCCCGGCCUGUAGUUUGUAGAGCAAAUUAGAGUAACUGUUUUUUUUCUCUUCUCUGAGCAGUAGAAGCAGUCCAAUCCGGAUAAAAAAACGCCAAUGGUGUGGAGUUGGACGGUGGUUUGUUUUGCUCUUUUGCGUAGAUUGUAGGUAAAAGCGUUGAGUUUCUUCAACCAUUGUUGUUUAAGUUCGUUUUUCUUUUCUAUUACGCAUAACUCUUAAAAGGCCCUUCAGGAGGAGGAGUUCCGGCUCUUGUUAUGCGGGCAGUGCUAGAUGAACUAGGUUUCUGAGCGCAUAAUUAUCGUAAUUGCUAAAGGGCGUUAUCCGCUAAUUGCUAUCCGAAUGAAUCAACAAUUGCAAUAUUUGUGUAAAGUUUUUUAGCAGGGAAAGGAUUGGUCUGAUUCCGAGUCGAACAACUACUUGCCACGGAACAAACCAAUAGUCUAGUUGAAACGUUGUGUUGAAACCCUACACUACAAACCUCAGUUCCUUGAAAUAUGCUGCACCCUGUGAGUGAUGAAGUGCAUUAAAACAAAUCAGUGCAAUAUGACGCCUUUAACGGUUUUUUGUUUUUGUUUUGAAGUUAUGCAGCACAGUUUCGCGACAGGAGUUCAUACUAAAUUGGUGAUAAAAUGAAAAGCCCGCCAUCAGAAAGUAGUAGUUGAUUAGAAAGAACGUUUUCACACAGCAAGCCAGGCAACGAUGUGUUCCGCUCUAGUCAGCGCCCACUAUGACCAAAAAUAAUAUUCUACGGUUCUACGUUCGGUAGGCCCACGGCAUACCUCUGUGAACCAUUAGAACUUACCAACUGCUGACCUAAAGCAACACAGGCUCUUGUGAUUUGCCCAUUUUCUUUAUGUCUUGCGCUGGCGAUUGUACUCGGUCAGAGAGUGGUCAACCGAAAACCACCCACACACAAUUGUCGCCCUUUAGCCAGCUUAGAUUUGAAGUGCUGCUUGAGUUAAGGUGCUUAUUUUCACCACAAAUAUCCUCAUCAUUAAAAUACGCACACAAUAGUAGCAAUCAUGGUACUUUCUCACUAGCACACAUGGUAUUUGGUUUGCUCUAUGGAUUAUGUUCCGUCUUGUGGCGAGGAGCAGAAAUGGCAGCUGAAAAACACCUCAAUACACAUCACCUAAAGGUAGAAGAAACUUAAUGAAUCACAUCGUAUAAAUUCUCCAAUCAAGCGACUCGUGCACCAUCGUCAUGAGUCAGCGACAAACCAAGCAACCCCCCGACGCAUAUUGUCUGGUAGUCUGGUGCUCUGGUCGUCGAUGUGCAGAGAUGCGCAGAAAAGAGCAAACAAUAGCAAUAAGCAUCAUGUGAUCGUCCUUGUCGCGUGAAACAACAUGAACUUUUAAGCUAGGCUUUUCGUUGCCGAGAUCAAAAUGUAGUAGUACACAAUUUUCUGUUAUUAAAGAUCGAGUGCGGUGGUUUGCAGACCACCCCGCACCCAUUAUUGCCCAAAACGGAAGCCACGUGUAUUAAUAACAAGCUUUGAAAUGAAAUAUCGUAAAAAGACAAUAGAAAAUGCGAAAAGCGUACACGAAAAGUCAGCGUGCAGAGACCCUGAACAAAUGAUGGGGUGCUAUGUUGUGUAUGUACAACGCUUAGCGACAAGCACACACGCCGUGCGGACGACAUAUGCUGCCAAUGAAAGCAAGAAAUUGAAAUGAACAGUCGAAGUAAAAUGUAGCAUUCGUAGCUUAGAUAAGCCUAUUGAACUAUUGCUUGUUUUAGACUCGGAAGAAAUGCCUCGAAAUACUAUACUCGCGUACUUGCGGCUCCAGCAGAUGGGAUGCCGUGAGCCAAAGGGUCAGUUAGCGAAUAUCAUCAAAGGAGGCGAUGGGGUGGUGUCGGAGAGGAGAAUCGAACAAAAAACAAUAAACUUAUCAAAGUAGAGU